AUGCCCGAGAACGGCGCUCAAACGCGGGCCCUGGCGAUCCCAGAGAUUGUGACCUCCAUCCUUCAUCAAAUGGACAUGCGAACGCUAAUCACCGCCCAAAGAGUCAGUCACACGUGGAAAGAUCUGAUCUGCACCACACAGUCACUGCAGGAAACUCUAUUUCUCCGACCAAUCAGCCAUGGUCGCGACCUCGGCGCUCCAGUCGAAAACCCGCUACUGGCAGAAGCAUUUCCAUCAAUUUUCAGUACCGAAGGUGGUGAUAUUUGUCUGAUUGAUCUUACCUGGGAGAAACACCCAGCUGUUCGAGAAAUGUUCAUUCGACCCGAAGCCAGCUGGCGUCGCAUGCUCACGCACCAACCGCCCCUCUACCGAGUCGGGAUAUUCGAAUCCUCCCGUUCACCUUUUGGCUGGUGUUGGACUAAGAAAAAGGCAAUUAUUCCGGGAGAUGUACUCCGAAUGGCGCCGCUGUUUGAAUUCCUGAUUGACCGUGGCUGGUAUGACUGGGCCUACGGAGAGUCGAUUAAGGCCUCUUUCACGGCCUCUUUGUGUGCUGGACUCAAGAUGAAUAGACUUAGGAAUUGGGAUGAAGCUGAGCGGACUUGGAAGGAGAUGAACGGACAGUUUGAUCUUGUGUUGGAGAUCUGCCAGAGUACGACUUGUACGAGCGAGGAGGAUUAUGAGGAUGGCAUGGAGAAGAUGGAGAAGGAGGCUAGGGAGAAGGGUGAGGUGCUUCCGGAUAGUGAUUUGACAGUUUGGAAAAGAAUUUGUGAAUCUUAUCGGGCGUUGGGGUUGAAGCUGGAUGGGUUUAAGAUGGAGAAGUUUGACGAGGAAAGUGGGAUGUGGGACUAG